GUGGAGGAGGUGGAGUUGGGGGAGCCUGUCCCUUGGACUGAGGGACCCCACCGACACCUUCGGCGCUGCUGAAGCCCAGAGAAAGCCGGGUUGGGACACUUUCUAACUAUGGAAGUGACUUCUCAGAGUACAAGACAGAGGAGCAGGACCCGCGACACUUAGAAGAGCAAGACCAAGGAAUCUGUACCUGAAUCCUCCUCAAGUGGCUCUAUGCUCCUUGUUGAGCCCCAGUCUGUGGUUUGGUGCUUGGGAACUCAGAUUUUCAGCUGAUGAAGAGCUAGGAGGCUCAAACACCAUCUUGUCUGGGUCUUGGAGAAGUGACUUGGGGUGCUCUUCUCGGCAGGGCCAGGUCUCUUUAGGGCAAAAUGGCGCAAGAUCUCAGUGAAAAGGAGCUACUGAAGAUGGAAGUGGAACAGCUAAAGAAAGAAGUGAAGAACACAAGAGUUCCGAUUUCCAAGACAGGAAAAGAUAUCAAGGAUUAUGUGGAGGCCCAGGCAGGGAACGACCCUCUUCUCAAAGGCGUCCCUGAGGACAAGAAUCCCUUCAGGGAGAAAGGCUCCUGCGCGAUAAGCUGAUGGCUCUGGGCACCUCCCCCUGCGUGUCUGUCCCUCCUCAGCCAGGACCCAAGUGUUCUGGGAACCCAGAAAACUAGUGAUUGUUCACCUUCUCUUGUCACAGACUCAGUAAAGAUACUUGAAUGAA